UACCAGGGAUUGAGCCUGCAACCAGGGCAUGUGCCCUGACAGGAACCAAAUGGCAACCUUUCCGUAUACAGACUGUUUCCAACUCAAGUGAGCCACACUGGCAAGGGCUAAAAACAUUUUAAAAGUGGGUAUCAAGGUUUGGAAAUCGUUGCAUGGGCAUUUGGCUGUAGCAGCUAUGAUGGUGCACAGUUGUGAACCCAGGACAUCUGUGUUUUUCAUUUAUUUGUGGCCUCAUUUGUUUUUUACAGUUGUCAUUUGUAAUAAAAAAUUUUCAGAAUAUAAGUAAAUAUUAAAUUAAAAAAUAUAAUCAGCAUAUUUACAGUAUUACAACAGAAAGAGUAGGAAAAUGACAAGAAAGACUAAGUCUAGUUAACUACAUUUGUGCCAUAGGGCAAAUCAUGUAACCUCUGUGGGACUCUGUUUCUGCUCCCUACUUAAUUAGAAUCCUUCAGGGUUUCUCCCCAGGACAAGUGUAUUGGUUUUUUAAUAUUUGUUAAUUGAAGUAUGACAUGCAAAGUGCACAAAUCAUAAGGAUGCUGAAUUAUAAAAUGAGCACCCUAGUGUAAUCACUACUGUGUAUUUUGAAAAGCAUCCUUGGUGAUUAUGAUAAGCUUUUCUUGUUAAACAAACAAAACCCUGGACUUGAGACUGUAGAUAAUCUCAUGUCUUUUACAACUCUUUCUAGAGAGAAAUUAGCAGAAACAAUGGUAGAGAGAACGAAUUUGGGCAAUCAUGAAAAUUUUACUUCGAAGAAGUUUAUGGGUCUUAUAUAGUUUUUUCUUCUGAUGUCUCUCUUCUUCCUCUUUGCCCUUUUUUCCUUUCUGUCUAGGUCCUGAAUAGAAUGGAGAGGGGUCCUACUGAACCUCUAACUAUCUUUUCUGAGAGUGGUCAGAGUUCUUACACAGAAUUUUUAUUUGGCUGCUACCUUGAAAUAUAGGCCCUAAAAAUGCCAGCUUGUUUGGAUGUAGAAGAUGACCUGGAUAAAUGAUAAAAAUUAAGACAUUUUGGUUUUCUUAUUGUCCACUUGGCACAUGCUUCUGGAAUAAUAUUCACCAUGGUUUUGGAUGACCUUCCAAACUUAGAAGACAUCUAUACUUCCUUGUGUUCAUCAACAGUGGAAGACUCAGAGAUGGAUUUUGACUCUGGACUAGAAGAUGAUGACACUAAAAGUGAUAGUAUUUUGGAGGAUUCCACGAUCUUUGUGGCCUUCAAAGGAAAUAUAGAUGAUAAAGACUUCAAAUGGAAAUUGGACACAAUAUUGGAGAACGUGCCCAAUUUGUUACACAUGGAAUCCAGCAAGCUAAAGGUACAGAAGGUGGAGCCCUGGAACAGUGUGCGUGUGACAUUCAACAUCCCCCGGGAAGCAGCGGAGCGGCUACGGAUCCUGGCUCAGAGCAACAACCAGCAGCUUCGGGAUCUGGGGAUUCUCUCCGUUCAGAUUGAAGGGGAAGGUGCUAUCAACCUGGCUUUGGCUCAGAACCGAAGCCAAGAUGUAAGAAUGAAUGGACCCAUGGGAGCUGGAAAUUCAGUUAGGAUGGAGGCAGGAUUUCCCAUGGCAAGUGGUCCAGGAUUAAUAAGAAUGACCAACCCAGCCAAUGUUAUGAUACACCAGGGUGGAAACAUGUCAUCUUCCAUGAUGGCACCAGGCCCCAAUUCAGAAUUGCAGCCCAGGACUCCUCGCCCUGCUUCACAGUCAGAUGCAAUGGAUCCACUCCUCUCUGGGCUCCAUAUACAGCAGCAGAGUCAUCCCUCAGGAUCUUUAGCGCCCCCGCACCACCCAAUGCAGCCUGUCUCUGUGAACAGACAAAUGAACCCAGCUAAUUUUCCCCAGCUGCCGCAGCAGCAGCAGCAUCAACAACAGCAGCAGCAACAACAGCAGCAACAACAACAGUUGCAGGCAAGACCUCCACAGCAACAUCAGCAGCAACAGCCACAGGGAAUUCGACCCCAGUUUACUGCCCCAACUCAGGUGCCUGUUCCUCCAGGCUGGAACCAGCUGCCUUCUGGAGCCCUUCAGCCUCCUCCAGCCCAGGGUUCUCUGGGCACAAUGACUGCAAACCAAGGGUGGAAGAAGGCUCCCUUGCCUGGCCCAAUGCAACAGCAACUUCAGGCAAGACCAUCCUUAGCCACGGUACAGACACCUUCCCACCCUCCCCCUCCAUACCCCUUUGGCAGCCAGCAAGCCUCACAAGCCCAUACAAACUUUCCUCAGAUGAGCAAUCCAGGCCAGUUCACAGCUCCUCAGAUGAAGAGCAUGCAGGGAGGGCCCUCCAGGGUUCCAACACCCCUGCAGCAGCCCCACCUCACCAACAAGUCUCCUGCCUCCUCACCCUCCUCCUUCCAGCAGGGAUCCCCUGCAUCCUCCCCAACUGUUAACCAAACUCAGCAGCAGAUGGGACCAAGGCCACCUCAAAAUAACCCACUUCCCCAGGGAUUUCAACAGCCUGUCAGCUCUCCGGGUCGGAAUCCUAUGGUUCAACAGGGAAACGUGCCACCUAACUUCAUGGUGAUGCAGCAGCAGCCACCAAACCAGGGGCCACAGAGUUUACAUCCAGGCAUAGGAGGAAUGCCUAAACGCCUCCCACCUGGCUUCUCAGCAGGACAGGCCAAUCCGAACUUUAUGCAAGGUCAGGUGCCUUCGACUACAACCACCACCCCUGGGAAUUCAGGAGCCCCUCAGCUGCAAGCAAAUCAAAGUGUCCAGCAUGCAGGUGGUCAAGGAGCUGGUCCUCCUCAAAACCAGAUGCAGGUGUCCCACGGGCCACCAACUAUGAUGCAGCCCAGCCUCAUGGGAAUUCAUGGCAACAUGAACAACCAGCAGACUGGUAGUUCUGGGGUUCCUCAGGUGAACCUGGGCAACAUACAAGGCCAGCCCCAGCAGGGCCCACCAUCUCAGAUGAUGAGCAUGCACCAGCAGAUUGUGCCCUCCCAGGGCCAGAUGGUCCAGCAGCAAGGAAGCUUGAACCCUCAGAACCCUAUGAUCCUUUCAAGGACCCCACUUAUGCCGCAGGGCCAGAUGAUGGUGAACCCUCAAAGCCAAAGUCUUGGGCCCUCGCCCCAAAGGAUGACCCCACCCAAGCAAAUGCUUCCCCAGCAGGGCCCGCAAAUGAUGGCGCCACAUAACCAGAUGAUGGGACCUCAGGGGCAAGUUUUGCUCCAGCAGAACCCAAUGAUAGAGCAGAUCAUGACCAAUCAGAUGCAGGGGAAUAAGCAACAGUUUAACACUCAGAACCAAUCCAAUGUCAUGCCGGGACCAGCACAGAUAAUGAGGGGACCAACUCCAAACAUGCAAGGAAACAUGGUGCAGUUUACGGGACAAAUGUCAGGACAGAUGCUGCCCCAGCAAGGGCCUGUGAACAACAGUCCUUCUCAGGUUAUGGGGAUUCAGGGGCAGGUCUUACGGCCACCAGGGCCCAGUUCUCACUUGGCCCAGCAGCAUGGUGAUCCUGCUACUACGGCAAAUAAUGACGUCAGCUUGUCUCAAAUGAUGCCUGAUGUUAGCAUGCAACAAACCAACAUGGUCCCCCCCCAUGUGCAGGCCAUGCAGGGAAAUAGUGCCUCGGGAAACCACUUCUCAGGCCAUGGGAUGCCUUUCAAUGCACCUUUCAAUGGAGCACCCAACGGAAAUCAGAUGUCCUGUGGUCAGAAUCCAGGCUUCCCGGUCAAUAAGGAUGUCACGCUAACAAGCCCAUUGUUGGUCAACUUAUUGCAGAGUGACAUCUCUGCCGGCCAUUUUGGGGUAAACAAUAAACAAAACAAUACCAAUGCAAAUAAACCGAAGAAGAAGAAGCCCCCUCGGAAGAAGAAAAAUAGUCAGCAAGAUCUAAACACCCCAGACACUCGCCCAGCUGGUCUAGAGGAGGCCGAUCAGCAGCCAUUGCCUGGAGAACAAGGAAUUAACUUGGACAACUCAGGCCCUAAACUGCCAGAAUUUUCAAACCGGCCACCAGGUUAUCCUUCUCAACCAGUUGAACAGAGGCCACUUCAGCAGAUGCCUCCUCAGCUCAUGCAGCAUGUGGCACCCCCACCACAGCCACCACAGCAGCAGCCACAGCCACAACUGCCACCACCACAGCAGCAGCAGCCACCACCUCCCAGUCAGCCACAGUCUCAGCAGCAGCAGCAGCAACAGCAGCAGCAACAAAUGAUGAUGAUGCUCAUGAUGCAGCAGGACCCCAAAUCAGUUAGGCUUCCAGUCUCCCAAAAUGUCCAUCCCCCAAGAGGUCCCUUGACCCCAGAUUCCCAGAGAAUGCCCAUGCAACAGAGUGGCAAUAUGCCUGUCAUGGUCAGUUUGCAAGUGCCGCCAUCACCUGAUAAACAAAGAAUGCCAAUGCCUGUGAAUACUCCUUUGGGAAGCAAUUCAAGGAAAAUAGUAUAUCAGGAAAACCCACAGAAUCCUUCCAGUUCACCACUGGGAGAGAUGUCCUCACUUCCUGAAGCGAGUAGCACUGAAAUACCAUCUGUCUCAGGAGGCCCAAAUAACAUGCCUUCACAUUUAGUAGUUUCCCAGAAUCAGUUAAUGAUGACAGUGCCCAAACCUGGACCAUCACCCCUUCCAGCAACUCAAGGUGCAACUCCCCAGCAGCCCCCUAUAAAUUCCCUGCCUAGCUCUCAUGGCCACCACUUUCCGAAUGUGGCUGCUCCAACCCAAACAUCUAGGCCUAAAACACCAAACAGAGCCAGCCCCAGGCCCUAUUAUCCUCAGACACCCAACAACCGCCCUCCCAGCACAGAACCUUCAGAGAUCAGUCUAUCACCAGAAAGACUCAAUGCCUCCAUAGCAGGACUGUUUCCCCCACAGAUUAAUAUUCCUUUACCUCCUAGGCCAAAUUUAAACAGGGGCUUUGAUCAACAGGGUCUAAAUCCAACAACUUUGAAGGCCAUCGGGCAAGCACCUUCAAAUCUUACUAUGAAUAAUCCUUCCAAUUUUGCUGCCCCACAGACUCACAAAUUAGAUUCUGUGGUGGUGAAUUCUGGAAAGCAGUCUAAUUCUGGAGCAACAAAACGGGCAAGCCCAAGCAACAGUCGCAGGUCUAGUCCUGGGUCCAGUAGGAAAACCACUCCAAGUCCUGGGAGACAAAAUUCAAAAGCCCCUAAACUUACUCUGGCCUCUCAGACAAAUGCAGCGCUGUUGCAGAACGUGGAGUUGCCAAGGAAUGUAUUGGUCAGUCCCACUCCUUUGACCAAUCCCCCUGUACCUGGGAGCUUUCCUAACAACAGCGGGCUGAAUCCUCAGAAUUCUACCAUGCCUGUGGCUGCCGUGGGAGGCAGUCUCGAGGAUAACAAGGAGAGCUUGAAUAUGCCUCAGGACAGUGAAUGCCAGAAUUCCCAGGGUAGGAAGGAGCAGGUAAACGUUGAGCUAAAAGCAGUACCUGCCCAAGAAGUUAAAAUGGUUGUCCCUGAAGAUCAAUCCAAAAAAGAUGGCCAACCUUCGGAUCCUAACAAACUUACCAGUGUCGAAGAGAACAAAAAUUUGGUGUCUCCUGCUAUGAGGGAAGCACCAACAUCAUUAAGUCAACUUCUUGACAACUCUGGAGCUCCUAAUGUGACCAUUAAACCCCCUGGGCUUACAGAUGUGGAAGUAACACCUCCAGUAGUUUCUGGGGAGGAUCUGAAAAAAGCAUCUGUCAUUCCCACACUGCAGGAUCCGUCUUCUAAAGAACCUUCAAAUUCCCUAAAUUUACCUCACAGUAAUGAGCCGUGUUCAACCCUUGUGCAUACAGAAUUGAGUGAGGUCAGUUCUAAUGUUGCACCAAGCAUCCCUCCGGUAAUCUCAAGACCUGUCAGCUCUUCCUCCAUUUCCACUCCUUUGCCCCCAAAUCAGAUAACUGUUUUCGUAACUUCCAAUCCCAUCACAACUUCAGCUAACACAUCAGCAGCUCUGCCAACUCACCUGCAAUCUGCACUAAUGUCAACAGUCGUCACAAUGCCCAAUGUGGGUAGCAAGGUUAUGGUUUCGGAGGGACAGUCAGCUGCUCAGUCUAAUGCCCGGCCUCAGUUCAUCACACCUGUCUUUAUCAAUUCAUCCUCAAUAAUUCAGGUUAUGAAAGGAUCACAGCCAAGCACAAUUCCUGCAGCCCCACUGACAACCAACUCUGGCUUGAUGCCUCCCUCUGUUGCAGUCGUUGGCCCUUUACACAUACCUCAGAACAUAAAAUUUUCUUCUGCUCCUGUACCACCUAAUGUUCCCUCCAGUAGUCCUGCUCCAAACAUACAUACAGGCCGACCCUUGGUCCUUAACUCACGAGCUACCCCUGUUCAGCUUCCUUCCCCACCUUGUACAACUUCUCCAGUAGUCCCUCCUCAUCCCCCUGUCCAGCAAGUGAAAGAAUUGAAUCCAGAUGAGGCUAGUCCUCAGGUGAGCACCUCAGCAGAUCAAAGUACUCUGCCCUCUUCACAGUCAACUACAAUGGUUUCUCCCCUUUUGACCAAUAGUCCAGGCUCCUCUGUCAACCGGCGAAGCCCAGUUUCAUCUAGUAAGAGCAAAGGAAAAGUGGACAAAAUCGGCCAGAUUUUGCUAACCAAGGCAUGUAAGAAAGUUACAGGCUCUCUUGAGAAAGGGGAAGAGCAAUAUGGUACAGAUGGAGAGACUGAAGGCCACGGGCUUGAGACCACAGCUUCUGGGCUCAUGGGAACAGAGCAGUUACCCACAGAGCUGGACAGUAAAACCCCAACGCCCCCAACACCCACUCUGCUAAAAAUGACCUCUAGCCCCGUGGGCUCGGGCUCCAACUCAGCAGGACCCAGCUUACCUGGCAGUACUCUCCCUACCAGUGUACGCUCGAUUGUAACCACUCUGGUACCCUCUGAGCUCAUCUCCGUGGCGCCGGCUACAAAAAACAAUCAUGUUGGCAUAGCAUCUGAGCCGCUUGCGAGUGGUCUAGUGGAGGAGAAGGUGGGAUCCCAUCCAGAGCUUCUACCCAGCAUAGCCCCUUCACAGAGUUUAGUCCCAAAGGAAACUCCAGCCACAGCACUGCAGGGGUCUGUUGCCAGACCAGAUAUCGAGGCAAAUGCUUCCAUAGUCUCUGGACAAAGCAGUGAUCCCAAAGAGAUAAUUGAAAAGUCCAAAACCCCAAGCCGGAGAAAUUCCAGAACUGAAGAACCAACUGUGGCUUCUGAAAGCAUGGAAAACGGACAUCGGAAGCGAUCCUCUCGGCCUGCUUCAGCCUCCAGCUCUACUAAAGAUAUAACCAGUGCGGUGCAAUCCAAGCGAAGAAAAUCCAAGUAAACAAGCUGGACAGCGACUUGAUACUUGUAAAUGUGUGUGAAUUUUACAAAAAGCAAUUUUGAGCUGUGACUUUUUAAAAUCCAUUUCUGUACAGCUAGUAAUUUUAAUAAUGUGGCCCUUUUCCUAGUCCCUGCAACCUGUUUCUUAAAGUGCAAUGAGGAAAGCAGAGUUGUUGAACCCUUUUGGUGUUGAUGAAGUUUAAGGUUUCUAAAAUGUUGCCAUGUAUUGAGAGGAGCUAAUGUGAUUAUGUUAUUAGUUUUCACAUUUCCUAAGCAGCCUAGAGUACAGGGUGAGCAUUUUUAGAUCUAAUGAUGUAUUGUGCUGUGGAAGUACUGUGUGAGUAGCAGUAGUGGGGGCAAAAGGAAUCUUCUCAUUUGGAUAUGUUGUAAAUAAUUUUAUUACAUAGUGUUUUGGAUGUAUUUGUUGUAGAAAUGGACCAGUGAAUAAAAAGAAUCUAAGGAUUUGUACAAUGUGAAAUACUGAAUGUGUUAAAUAAAUGUCAUUGUCCUAGAA